AAUUGCUUGGCUUGUCAGUAAUUGAAAAACCGCCUUGGCUUGUCAGUAAUUGAAAAACCGCCUUGGCUUGUCAGUAAAUUGGUAGAGCAGCUUUUGAGCAAAAAGAUAACCUUUUAGAAUGUGAGCAUUACAGUUCAUGUUAACACAAACCCCAAAACCUAUAAACGCAAUGUAGUGUUGUUUCUACUGAUUGGCUGUUGAUGUUUACUGUCUAUCAAAUAGAACGUUCCUUAUCCUAAUUGGCUAGCUUUCUAAACUAUUGGUCUGGCUUGGCUUUUGAUUAUCCCUAGAGUUCAAUGAAAUGAUGGUAAUUCCAAAACUUCACACAGUCAGUGGUGGUACCCAAGCUUUCCAACAGUGCUUAGCGGUUCAUCUCUAAUCCCUCGUCGCUGUUUUUCAAUACAGCAUGUUGGGAGAGUGCCUUACGACAUCAUCAAUAGGUACAUUUGACAAUUAGAUAUAAGAUUUAAACACCACAAAAUCGUGACCCUUUGUGAAAAUUCUGAGCGAAACACAUGUUUCUGUUAACAAACUUGUCGAGAUUUGUUAGGGAGUCAGAACCAAGACUACCCUGGGUACCAGAUCUUCCAGACUUCUCUCGCCCAUUGACGCUCAGCCAACAAAAUGCCGACAAAGGCCGCUGGGUUCACAAGAACCGGGUUGUGCGCGCGCCCUUUUUUCCCUGCCCUUAGACCACGUUUCCGUUUUCGUUUGAAAACGCAAGCUUUUAUUAAGGUUACGAGUACGAGUAUCGUCAACACGUAAACGCGAAAACGAUGACCGAAAACGAAACGAUUUGAGAACGAUAUCCAGAGUAAAACAAUUUGAAAACUAUACCCUUUUGGGGACGGACGAAAAAGGAACCUUUCGAAAACGAUGGUGUGAUAACUCAGGUCCAGUCCACUUGGCGCGCGAGUACGCAUGUGCUGUAGAACUUGUUGUCGUUUUCGUAUCGUUGCUGCGUUUUCGGGGGGACGGGUCGUAUCAAAAUUAAAACUCUUAGUGUGGACGCGGAUCUUUUUGUAAACGAACCAAAAAGGUUGCGUUUUUAAACGAAAACGGAUACGUGGGGACAAGGUCUAGCCAACACGUCUGUCACGUCACGUGUUCGAUUGAUUGUUCGAUUUGGAAUUAGAACAGUCAGUUAUCAGUUUUUCUGUACGCGCGCAGCAUUUCAUCUAACGUAACAAUUGAAUCACCAAACGCACGUGAAAUCUUGAGAAAAAUAGAAGAUUUAGACGUUGAAAUGGGCUGAACAGAGACCAAGGAUCGGAAUGCCUAUGUUCUAUAAACCCAAGAUUAAACCAUGGACGGAAGAGAAGGUUCUAGUUCAGGAAAAGCUCGAAUGUGCAAAGGAGACAGCGAGUAUCACGAUCCCAUACGGCUUACAGCUACAGGAAUCCCUGUGGAACUCUGACAGCCUCAGACUUGCGAUUCGCAUGUGCCUUGGCUCUUCGGUCGAGACAUUCGUCUCCCAUCACGGGGUGGGUAAAAACAAUCACAUCAACGUCUGGACCUUGGCCAAGGACAAUAAGACGGGAGAGAUGGAAGAGAAUCUGAGUAGUCUCACCACCCCUUUAAGGUUUGAGCGUCUGCUGUUUAUCAACAAGCGGUGGUCGUUCGUUGGGUUCUGUAAUGAUCUUACGUUAAGCGUACUCACCACCAAGUUUGCUGUCGUUUCGUCAACAUUCACAGGUCGCACCGUGUUGUGUAUGCUCUACAACGAAAACGCCGACGAACUUGUGACGGGUAUCGCCGGUGCGAUCAUGACGUGGACUUUUCCAAUCAAGCAAACCGACCCGCUUGUUCCUGGGCGGAUUUACAACUGCUCCUUUACACCCGACGACUGGGUUCACUCCCUCAAGUUUGACUCCAUAUCAAGACAGAUUAUUGCCGUGAGUAAUGUGCGAAUUGCGAUCAUCGCAGAGAAAGACUAUCACGUCCGGACCUGCUUCGACAAGAAAAGCGAUUUCCCCUUCACUACAUGUGUGUUCUACCAUCCAGCAAGCUACUUCAUAACCGGAGACAAAAAUGGGACCAUCAGGGCGUGGAGUACGAGUCUGGAUAGUUACCCUCUUGUCACGCAAUUCCUAGGUCACUGUGAUGCCAUCACAAGCCUUCUUAUCCACGACCGUCAACCUCUUCUUGUCUCAAGCUCUCUCGACAAAACAGUCCGUAUCUGGAACUUCGAUACCUUCACUCAGACCUACCGCCUCCAAACCGGCGAGGACAUAGUCGACAUGAGCCUGAUCAGCUCCGAUCAGUUGUUCUAUUACUCGAGACACAACUUGAAAGUGUGGAACCUCAAUCAGUUCCACAGUCUCUUUACUAUGCUCAGCUCUCGCAUCAAGCGCUGUUUUCGAGUAACGUCCCCCGGGUAUCCCGCGAGGAUCGUUGUAGAAGCCGUAGACGGGGGAAUAAGGUUAAUAUCUCCAGUACAUGGCUACGAACUCACCACAAUGCUACCAAUCACCACCCUGAAUACCACAGAGAUCGUCGGCUUUGCGCAUGAUCGCCGCAAAGAGAAACUCUAUGUGCUGCUGAGCUCCAGAGAAGUUCUUGUCUUCGAGAGCGACAAUAAUCCCUGCUGCGCCCAUCAGUUAUGGCGAGCAGAAUGCCCGGAUGAAGGGGUGUGUAGCAUAGCGCUGUUGAAUUCAGAGUUUGCUCUGACCGAGGAAGACUUGGACCUAGAGUGUGGAUUACUCUUUGCUGGGCACUACAACGGACAGAUCUCGCUGCUCGACGGUUUCGGUGUCAGUAUGAAGGAAGUACAAGCUCAUCAGGGACAAGUCAUAUUCCUCGGAUCGUCACACGGACUCAGCACAUCACGUGAUACUAUUGGAUCACGUGACCAUCUUUUGUCCUGCGGCACAGAUUACGUCAUACGGGUGUGGCAGGUGCGUCACGUGAACCAACGUGCAAUAGACAUCGUGUCAAAGUCCAGGAUCAAGCUACUUCAGUUGCCAAGGGAACUAGAGAUGACUGGGAACACCUUGUGUAUGGCGAUGGAGGACCACAAGGUCGUCAUGUGCAGGACGGACUUAGACUGUGGUAGCGCGUAUGGAAAAAAGAAAAAUUUCGAGUUCAUGAUGCACUCUAAGGAUGAAGGGCACACGGCAGCUAUCAACGGGAUAUCAAGUUGCCCUCUUCUUGGCCUUUUCGCUACUUCUAGCGAAGACAUGAGCGUCCGAAUUUGGGACAUGGACAACCAUCUCAUCAGGGAACUCAACUUUGAUGAUACCCUAUGUGGUGUGUGUUUCCUGAACCCCAGGGGAGACCUGUUAGUAGGGUUCCAGUCUCAUAUCAGUCUUGUGACGCUAACUGAUUACCUACCAGCACCAUAUCUGCUUAAGGUGGCAUCUAUGACUUUUAAGGAUGAGCCAAUAGAGAAGCACGUACAGUUUGAUGAUCAUAUCCAGUACUGGUACGACAGCCACCGUGUUCCUACCGUGCCCAUGAACCUAGACAAGAGGCGCCCGAUGCUCUCACCAGACAUUCCUCUAGUCCCUUGGGAGGAGGAGUCUGAUUCUGAUGAAGAAAAGGAAAACGCUCUCGUCAAACCCGAGGACGACGGGCUCAACUGGCUGCGUCGCGCGUCACAGCGCAUGUCCAUGAUGUCUCAAGGGGGCACGUCCAUGUUGUCGCGCAUAUCAAUUAUGCAGAACGCCGCUGACAUGUUGGAUGACAGGUGCACUAGUGUUGGAGGCAGAGCGAGCAGUUUGUUUGAUUCUGCGCUCGGGACGGAGUCACAGAGAUCGGUCUCUGUCAGGAGCCAUCACGCGGUUGAUCAUUUGACCAAUCACAGAGAGCUUCAAAAGUCACGUGAGGAAGAGAAAGCCGCGUGUCGGCCACCGUUAUACUGGCCAUGCGCACCGGAUUGCUUCAUCCCGAACUCUGUAGUGCGCAAACUCGUGAAAGUACGGAAACCACCCGAGUAUCUAAUCCCGAAGAUAAUACGACCAGUGAAGGAGAAAAAGAAAAAGAGGAAGAACAGAGAGGACGACCCAUUCGAAGCUAUUGACGUGCGUGACGAAUCCGCCCUUCGUUGGAAGAAGAGAACCAUACCUCAGAAAAGAGAUAAAAGAGUACCCCCAAAAAUCAGCAUAGAUGAGACAGGCGAGAAACCCACCAACAAAGCCUUCACAAAACCUGUCUACUCCUCAAAAUUUGCGGAGCUUAGAGCAAGACGUCGCACUAACGCUACGGGGCAGGCGAUAUUUGAAGAGAUGUCAGAUAAGGAAGAAGAAGAAGAGGAACAAGAACCGAAGCUUGGUUACGGCGAGAGGGACUUGAACUUUCAUUCAACACCGGAAGGACCAGAGACAGAGACGGAACCGGAAGGCACGCCGGAGCCUAAACAGUUGCAGCCGAGACCCGUUAAGCUCCGUAGGCCAAGACCCGUGGAAGGGUCGGAAGUUCUCAAGUCGAUUGUCGUAAAGGACUGGUACCCACGCACGAUGGAGGGCGUUUUGAAAGCGGAAGAUGUCCUCAAUGACAUUAGCGGAGUUAUGAUUCGAUGUAGCUCAGAUGUUUUCACUGAUCUAUGCAAUGACAUCGUUAGGGUUAACAAUGAGCUUGGCCUUCCCAGAGUGCAGCGCUCGCUGAUUUACGACCUUCUUAUCAAGAAUACACUCAACGAGAGCGCAGCCAUCCGCCGGCAGGCCGUCAGGACACUAGCCAGGCUCUACGUGACAUCCAAGGAUGCGGCGCUGUCCAUGAUUCGCAGGCUCAUUGAUGCGAGUCCGGAGGUUGUUGAUGAAACUAAAGAAGCGCUGCGUACACUAUUUGGUGUGAACGACAUGGAGGGCCUCUCAAACCUGCUGAUGAGUCUCGGCGUGGUGAGCAUGUAUCUGCCAAGUCGUGAUAACGUCAUCCUGACGGAACUUGCCGAGCGCCUAGGGCGCGCAAAACAGCAUGGAAUGGACUACAGUGGGGACAUCGACUGGGAGUCCAUGGAUACUAGCCCUGUCAUGGCAAAACCCGCACGGACUAAACGGACCCGGCGUCUACCCGCGGUCGCCCGAAGACGCAGCUUUCCCGAUCGACGCCCACCUUUUCUGCUCGACCGCGCCUCGCCCAGUGACUACGGCGCGUUCCGCGACGAGCUCAAGCAGAGUCGACUCGGUUGCAAAUUGCUGCAACAACUUGGACCAAUCAGCAGCAAAAUCUCCUCGGAGUUUGGCAAAUCCCCAGGGAGUACCCCAGAUGACAUGGGGGAUUCUUUACGAGUAAAGGGUAAGAAGCUGGGCAGUCUUGACUUUCCACAAGACUCAGGCUUCGCGAGGGACUUGUCUCCUCCAGACACUCCAAAAGAGCCUGCAAGCCCUGUCGCCCUGCCACCAUUGGUCGGUAGGCGUGCCAGCAGACUGCAAAGCAUGCUAGUAGUCUCAGGGGUGGGACGAGCCAAUGAACACAAGCCACCAAGCUAUGACGUCACACCAGUUCUUUCCUCGGCUUCCAUCGUAUCUACCACAACGGCACCCCAAGAAUCCUCUCGAGUGGAGAAAAAAGAACCAGAGAGGCGCAAGUUUUCUGAGAUUUCACAGAGCUUUUCAUUUGAGGAUGUCAUAGAUGCCCUUGACCAGGACGGUGACUCGCAUCUCGGCCGGGCUUUCGUCAUGGCAAUGCUAAAUCUGAAGAGGACGGAUUCAUUUGCUAAAAUUGGUGGCAAGGAGGGGGGUGGCCCGCUCAAAGAAAUUUUUAACCUUGAGAAUUUUCUGAAGAUAUUUGCAUUGAUUCCAUCGCUACUAAACAAGGGUGCGACCGUUCAGGAAGCUUUCGACAAAGUCAUACACCGCAGAGUGGACGAGAUUUCUUCAGACAAACCUCUAAUGGUCAAAGGCGUCUUCCCAUUGGCUAUCAAAGACAUCAUCACGCUGUUGCCUAGCAAUGAUGAAAAGACGGCAAUCAUCAAAGAGAAAAUUGAGGGGAGUUUACAAGAAAUGGAAGGUUGUGGAAUAGGAGUUCGGGCGGAUCAAGGGUUUGAGGAAAAGUUUAUUGAUGUUGAUAAGAUGUUAGAGAUAUUUGCCUUAUUCGAAAGUCUUGAUGAUCAAAAAAAGAUAUUCAAGAAAGUUGUUGCCAAGUUAAUGGGUUCAGUGAACCGGAUGGAUAGGUUGAGACACUUGAGAAGAACGGGAAAGAAGGAGAAGAGCAAAAUGGGAAUGUCUUUGUCGUCACCUGGUCGGUUACAAAAGUUAUCGGAGAGUUCCAAUGUCGUGUACCCUGGUAUGAAGGAUGACGAUGAAUAUGAGGAGCGAGAGGAUCGAUUUGUUCUUCUCAGCACUCCGGUCCGCAAGAACCUUGUACCGGGGAUAUGCGGAGAAAGACUUGUCCACUCACUGAACAUAAGGCAUCCCCGUCCCUACCCCUCGAGGGAGAUCGAGAGCGCCACGUCGGAGCAAAUAAUAGGGACACUUCCGCAUAGACUAUCAUUUCACACAGGUUCUCGCGAUUGGGGACAAACCUCGUAUGGAAUUAUGGAUGUCACGUGGACAACACGUGGUCCCCGCUACGCCAUCGAUGCGCCUGGAGUGCAAAGUAGUAUAUCAUACAUGUCGGCUGGUCACGUGACCGACCAUCAACCACCAAUUACCACGUGUCACGAUAUUUGCUUCAACGAAUACGCCAGAAAAACCGGAAAAACCGGAAAUAUCGCCCCUAUCUUCCGAGAGCGCCUGAAAUCAAUCACAGAAGUGCUUCCAGUCGGUACGUGGCAGAACUUCGGGGAUGCCACAGGAAGCCCAAGCACCCCAGCCGCAUUGUACUCUAAUCCUACAAGCCUCCUGACUGGGCGUGAUCAGUGGUACGUACGGGAUGCCUGUGUGUCUCCUUCAGAGAACAUAUCAACUAACUACGGAUCCCCGAAGCUGCCCAGAAUCGUGGAAACGAGGCAACGCGGUGACGUCACACCAAGCCCACUUGAACUGUCACGUGGUAUAUCACGUGAGCGACUGCUGACGAAGCUUGAUCGUAUGCAGUUACCUAGAGUUUGUAAUGCACGAGAAGAAAAAUGAAAAAUGUGAGGAAAGAUCGUAGGGAUAUUCAGUUUAAAAUGAAAUAAAAUCACACCAACAAUA